AAGCCAUCCAAACAAAGCCGAACUCUCUCUUUUAAAGAGUCCUUGUGGCUUCCUCUGCCCCUCACCCUUUGGUCUCUCGCUCUCUUUCUGCGUUUUCGUUAUCGUGCGCUUCUGAAACGAUCUCGUCCUCACAGUUUCAUCUUCUCGAUCUCUCAACUGGCAAUCAUGAGUGAUGAAGGAGAAAGGACUUGUCCUCUUUGUGCAGAAGAGAUGGAUUUGACUGAUCAGCAGUUGAAGCCAUGCAAAUGUGGUUAUGAGAUAUGCGUUUGGUGCUGGCAUCACAUAAUGGAUAUGGCUGAGAAGGAUGACACAGAAGGGAGAUGCCCUGCAUGUCGAACUCCAUAUGACAAGGAGAAGAUUGUAGGGAUGGCUGCAAACUGUGAGAGAUUGGUAGCAGAAAUUAAUACUGAAAGGAAGAUGAAGAGUCAGAAAGCAAAGUCUAAAUCUUCUGAAGGCCGGAAGCAGCUGAGCAGUGUUCGAGUGAUUCAGCGGAAUCUUGUCUAUAUAGUUGGAUUGCCACUUAAUCUGGCAGAUGAAGAAAUUCUUCAGCGGCGAGAGUAUUUUGGUCAGUAUGGGAAAGUCUUAAAAGUGUCAAUGUCUCGGACAGCAGCUGGUGUCAUCCAACAGUUUCCAAACAGUACAUGUAGUGUAUAUAUUACUUACUCAAAGGAAGAAGAAGCAAUUCGUUGUAUUCAAAAUGUACAUGGAUUUGUCUUGGAGGGUAGACCUUUAAGGGCUUGUUUUGGAACCACAAAGUAUUGUCAUGCCUGGCUCCGAAACAUGCCUUGCAGCAAUCCUGAUUGUUUAUAUCUGCAUGAGAUUGGCUCUCAAGAAGAUAGUUUCACUAAAGAUGAAAUAAUUUCAGCAUACACUAGAAGCAGAGUUCAACAAAUUACGGGUGCCACAAAUAAUAUGCAACGGCGGUCAGGGAAUGUGUUGCCACCCCCAGUUGAUGAUUUCAUGAACCAAUUUGCUGGAAAACCCAUUGUGAAAAAUGCCACAAAUAAUUCCUCUAGCACUGUAAGAGGUUCACCUCCGAAUGGAAGUUCUGGAAGAUCUAUAGCUUUAGAUCCUGCUGCUGCAUGGGGUACGAGAGCUACAAGUUGUGAGCCCUCUUCUGGAGGUUUAUUAUGUCCUAAUGGACCAGCUAAGCCAAAAGCUGAUGCUGUUAGUGGCACACUAGCCUUUUCUUCAGCUGUUACAGGUUCAAGCCAGAACUCUUCAUUGCACAGUGAUGCAACAAAGAGGCCACUGUCAAGUGGUGGAAGUCCUAAUAACCUUAGAGUACGAAAUGAAUCAUUAAAACCUGUAAAGCAACUAAAUUUCAUGGACAAUCCGAGUAGUACAUGUGAAAAGACUGCUACAUCUGAUGGUUCUCUUGCACCUGUGAAUCGAGAGAGCUUGUUGUCUAAUUUACCAUUAUCCAGAGAUGGUGAUAGAGGCAGUUGUACUACAUCAAAUACAACAACAAAUUCUGCUGACUUCACUGGGCAGCCAUGCAGCUCUGGUCUUGAGGAAGCAACUAUUGCUACCAAUGAAGAGAUUCAGAACCUGUGCUCCAAUCUGUCCACUGUUAACAUUGAUAGAAAUGGCCAAAAUGAAUACUAUGGUAUGGUCAGAUCUAAUAGCCCCCCUUCUGAUUAUAUCUUGACAAGGUCUCCUCAACUUCAAGCAUCACAACAGCACAAAGAUGACAAAUUUAGGGAUGUUCAAUUUUCAAGUGAAUCUGGUAAAGCUGCUCCAUCUGAUUGGGAGCAGUCUGAUUGGAAAUUGAAUUCACAAGCCCAAAUAGUAUCAGUUACAACUGACUUGGAAGAUGAUAUAGCUUCUUUCGAUAAUCAAAGGCUCAAAGAUCCAGAAGUUGUUUGUCAUUCUCCGUACAUGCCUAAGUCAACAAGUUUUGUUCAUGUCCCACUCCAUUCUAAUCAUAGUCUUAUCCAACAAGGGGAACAGUCUCCUGCUAUGACUUUUGAUUUUGUAUCUGCUGAUUCUAAGGUUGGGGAUGAUUCUCUAUUGCAUCCAUCCAGCAUAUUAUGUAAUGGUCAUCCUGAUAAGUUGGUCCGCAGCUGCUCUUCUGAUUUGAAUAGCACCACUGAUUGUACUUCACUUCAGGAUAUAAGAAAUGAACAGUGCAUUGAAAGAUUAUUCAUCGAAUCAGUUAGUGCUGGAAAUGAUGUUGCAUUGGACAAGGGUGAGAGUAGCAUUAUUUCAAAUAUAUUGUCCAUGGACUUUGAUUCUUGGGAUGACUCACUAACAUCACCUCAGAAUUUGGUUAAGUUGCUGGGUGACAACACUGAUAACCAGUUUGUUCCUUUAAAAAAAUCCAGUUCUUUGAAAGUGCAGAAUAAUAGUCAAUCAAGAUUCUCUUUUGCAAGACAGGAUGAACCUAAAAUCCAAGCAUUUAAUGCAAAUCCAUCUCAUGGUAUUAGCGAGCAAUUUCCAAGGAGGGGCUCUUUCAUGCAGGAUUUUUCUGAAAUAGACUUGCAUAAUGAUAGGAAGUUGGGUAUGACAAAUGGCUUCUCUUCCUGUAAACUUGAGGAAUCUGAAAAUCUAGGCGGUGGUCACUUUGUUUCUUCUAAUAAGCACUCUGCUGUUUCUAGAGCUCAAAUUUCUGCUCCUCCAGGAUUUUCAGUUCCAAGCAGGCCUCCACCACCAGGUUUUUCUUCUUGCGAGAGAGUGGAACAGGCUUUCAGUUCAGUAUCUGGGAAUUCAUUGCUCGACCCAUCCUCGUUGAGAAAUUCAUAUCAGAUACCCACAGCUGGAAAUAUUGGUGGUACAGGGGACAUUGAAUUAAUAGAUCCGGCCAUUUUGGCUGUUGGCACUGGCAGACUUCAAGGUCCACUAAACAGCCCAGGGUUGGACAUCAGAUCUAGUUUCUCCCCACAAUUAAAUUACUUUGAAAAUGAGGCCAGACUUCAAUUAUUGAUGCAAAGAUCUCUCUCACAACCACAGAACAGAUUUUCUGAAAUUGGGAGUACUUUUUCUCAGAUUGGUGAUUCUUAUGGCAUUUCUUCAAGGUUAGAUCAAUCACAAGUCAGCAAUUUGACCCCCUUUGCUCAGUUGUCCUUACAGCAGUCUAGAAAUGCUCUUUUGUCUAAUGGCCAUUGGGAUGGGUGGAAUGAAGUGCACAGUGGAAGUAGUCGGGGGGUGGCUGAGCUACUAAGAAAUGAAAGACUUGGAAUUAACAAGUUAUAUACAGGAUAUGAUGAUUCAAAAUAUCGGAUGCCAAAUUCUGGAGAUCUUUACAACCGAACUUAUGGGAUGUGAUUUACUUAGCUGUCUAGUUUUCUGUUGGCUAGCCACUGAAGCCAAGACAGAGAUGGAAACUAUUUUGUUGCAUAGCUGAAGGUGAUGGGACUGACUUAUGAUUGAUCUGUUGGGCUAACUAGUGAGGAAACAUUGUCAAACU